UAUAUAUAUAUAUAUAUAUACGAGUUGUGAGAAAUACAAUUUAUCUUUCACAAAUUCGAAAUGACAUCUACUAUUAUGUCGAGUGAUAAUUGGAAAUUAAGUUGUAUUCUGGGAACUGGAGGCUUUGGAAUUGUUGAACUUUGGGCACAUGUCCAGAGUGGCAAAAAACUUGCUAUAAAAAAAUGCAAGUGGAAUUACUCACAAUUGACUACAGUGCAACAAAAAAGAUGGUCUCAUGAAGUUGAUAUAAUGAAACGUUUGAGGCAUCCAAACAUUGUGAAAACAGAAUGUAUCCCAUUCAAGCUUCCAAAUGUAGAAGAAAACCUGCCAGUUCUGUGUAUGGAAUAUUGCAAAAAAGGAGAUUUAAGAAAAAUUUUAAAUCAGUCAAAAAAUUGUUGUGGAGUUGUUGAAAUAGAAGCAAUCAAAAUAAUGACUGAAGUUUUAUCAGCUGUGGAAUAUUUACAUUCACAUAAUAUAACUCAUCGAGACUUAAAACCAGAAAACAUAGUAUUACAAGAAGAAAAAAAUAUGCUUUCAUACAAAUUGAUAGAUCUUGGAUAUGCUAAGGAACUUGGAGAAAUGAGUACAUCUGCUUCUUUAGUUGGUACACUAAAUUAUGUUGCUCCAGAACUUCUCUGGAAAGAGAGAUACAGUUGCUCUGUUGAUUAUUGGAGUUUAGGAAUAUUGUUUUACGAACUUAUAACUGGAACAAGACCAUUUCUACCAACAAUGCAACAUACCAUGGAAUGGAUGAAACAUAUUCAGAAUAAGAGUUAUGAUGAUAUUUAUGCCUGUGAAGUAGAAGGAAAAGUCAUUUUUGGGAAAGAUAUUCAAAAUCCAACUCAUUUAUCAAAUUGUCUCCAAAGCAAAAUGGUUCAAUGGUUCAGACUAGUUUUACAGUGGAAUCCACAUACAAGAGGUAGAAUGAUCGACGAGUCUGGUACAUCUCAUUUAGUGGUAUUCACAAUGUUGCAAUAUGCAUUAUUAAACAAGAUAAUAUAUAUUUUCUGUGUGCCUUCUUAUAAGAUUUAUACAUAUGAAAUUGAUAAUGCUACUACUAUUAGAGAUCUUCAGUUAUUAAUAGAAAACGAUACUGAUAUCGAAGUUAAACAUCAAAUGCUUACAAAUUACAAUGGCAUGAUGCUCACUGAAAGUACUGCAUCAAUCAUUUCACAAACUAAUGAUCAUAUUUUCUUUCUCUUCAGAGACGGAUGUUGUUUAAUAGAAGAUAUACCUAAACCAAAUAUUCCUAAAGCAGUGGAAAACAUGAUAAUACAAUCAAAAAAUGAAUUAAAUUAUGAAGUAGUGAAAGAUUAUUAUCGCCAUGUGAUAUACUUUGUGACUAAAGAAGUUAAUUUAUUUCAAUUAUACAUUUUUGCUCUUAGUAUAAAUAUAGAUUUAUUGCAUCAAAAAAUCAAUGCAUUUAAUACAAACAUGGAAAUGACGUUGGAAAAUACAAAAGUUCUUAUAGACCAAGUACGUACAAUUCGUAUGAAGUAUGUGAAUACAAUGGAUGAAGACACAAUUGAUAGAAGCAAAACACAGAUCUAUUUUGAUAAAGUUGAUAAAUUGGUUAGUGCAGCCGAUCAAAUAAGAAUGCAAUUUAUGUCUCUGAAGAAAGAUAACGAUAAAUUGAGAAAUAAAGCUCAAAGUAUCGAUUGUGUGAGAGAUUUAUCAGAAAUUUAUGAUAAAAUGUGUGAUAUAUAUUCGGAAUUUAAAAAAGAAAGUCCUCGUAGGACAGUAAAGCCACUGAACAUGGUAAAAUUAGUAUUUGCAUUCUUGACUACACGCAAUGCACAACUUCAAAAUAAAAACAUAAUUGAUAUUAUAAGGCAAAUAGAUAAAUUAAACGAUGGAUUGCUGAAGCUGGAAAAAAUAUUCAAUUCUGUUACUGUCAUGACGAAAUUAUAUUGGAGAGAAUAUCAGUUAAUCGCACAAUUGGACAUGUCUCCGAUAUGCCAGCAGCAGGGCAAUCAAUCUUUAAAUAUUUCGUCCACUGAAUUAGAUAAGGUUAUCCAAUCAGAAGACAAUGUGAUAUAUGAUAACUUGGUUAUACGUUGCAGGUUAGAUAAAUUGAUGGCUGAAAUGCAGAAAAAAUGUGCCAAAAUAAUUAAUUUGGAUCUAUGAUUAAAAAUAUAAAAACAUGCAUAUAUGUAUAUUCUACAUGGUAUAUCUUAUAUAUA